AUGGUCAUCCAGAGCACUCUCUCAACGCACUCUCUUUCCGUUGUACUUCCCCGUUCCAUUCAAUCUGAAAUGGUGACUGUUUCUGUCAAAAAGGGAGAUAGGUUGAACAUCGUGGCUGAUGCAUGGCACAUGGAGAAUGAUUGUCACUAUGAGUGGCAAGCACAUUUUGCACCCGGUGACGCAGAUAUGCCUAGUGUCCGUGCGCGGUUUGCACCCGACGGGAAACUUACUAUCACUGUUCAGCGGCGCAUUCCGGGGCAAACCUAUGGUCGGGGACCGCUGGGAACCAGGUUCUGA